CACAGCCCUGACCAAUCAUCUUCUUAAACUAAAAUAAACAAUCAACUGCUUUCACACGUUGGACAAAACCCGCUCGGAUCUAGAUAUCUGUAAUUCAUCAGCUAUUUAAUCAGUUUUCCGAAAGAUUUUUUAAAAUGUUUUACUACCCCACAGUUUUGAAGAGGCACACAGGAUGUUUUUCUACAAUCUGGCUGGUUGCUACAAAAGGCAUCAGUGUUACUCGCCGGGAUUUCCUAAAAGUCAACGUCAAAAACACCUGUGAUGACAUCAUGAACUACGUGCUGGAGCAGGUACCGCCCCCUCAGCCUGGUCUACCACGACCUCGCUUCUCCCUCUACCUCUCCUCCCAGCUCCAGUAUGGCGUCAUCCUCGUCUACCACCGCCAGUGCGCCAUUCUCCUGGCUGAACUUCAGUCCGUCGUGAACUAUCUGUUGAGACAGAGCGCGUCCCAGAAAAUUGAUAUGGAGGAGCACGGCAGACAUGCCCUGGACUUCCCUGAUGCCCUGUCUCUCCUGGUGGAGACAGAAGGAGCUCUUGACCCUUUAUUCGGAGUGAUGUGCAUGGGAACAGCCAUGGCCAGUCCUAAUACACUGAUGCAGAUGGGUCCGGAGUAUCUGAGGGAAACCUCCCCUGAGCAUCCUGAACUGGCUAGUCCAACUCCUGCUGUUGCACCAGAGAGUGGGAUAACUGCAACUCCAGAAACCAUUACUCUGAGAGAGACAGAGCCUGUCGCUAUCCCUAUGGCAGAGUUUGAGGGUGAGGAGCUUAUCGAUCAGUAUCCAGAGACCGUUGGCUUCCUCUUGGACCAAACUGAUAACUUUCCAGAAGGAGAGUUGGAGAUGCUAAGAGAAGAAGUGACACCAGGAGAGCAAGAGGGGGAGAUGGAAAGGGGUGGAAGAGAGGAAGACCUGGAGAAAGAGAGAACUAAAGAGCUCACAGGAUCCUCUAUCGAGUUACAGCCCACCACCCUCUCCAUUGAGAAGCCUGGACCCCCCACAGACCAGCUCACCCCCGUCUCCAUGCCCGUCCUCCCCUCCCCACCAUCUGCAGUGAAAGAACGUCAAAGACGAGCACGACAGUCAGAGGAUGUGCUGCGUCCAGAGGUGAGGAGGAGGAGGAGGAGGAGGAAGAGGCAGCUGAUCUUCUUUGACCCGGAGACGCAGAUCCCCCAGGAGGUGCUGCAGCAGCAGAUCGACAACCCUCAGUUUGAGACCAGGCCUCCCCUGUUCGCACCGCCUCCUUCUCAAAGGAUACGCUCGGCUGCCGAGCUCCUCCAAAAUCCCUGCCUGCCCUUCUUGCCUGAUGAGGUGUUGUCUCUAUGGAGACGGGCUGCAACCAUUAGGCCUUUCUCAGGCUUGGACCAGCAGGUCGGGGAAAGAGGGCCCGAGUCCACCGACUCUGAAAAGGAAAGAGAACGCGAGAUUGCUGAGGCUGCCGAAAGAGAAGAGGGGAUCCUUGAGCUCCCGAAGGAGGUCCCCAGAGAUGUGGCAGAAUCAGAGAAGUUGGAUUUUUCAGAACAUGGUUCACUGCCGCUGGAGGGCUCCAGCCAAAGGGAGGCGUCUCGAGAAGUCAUCUCCCCCAUGUUCACACCCGACAAAGAUUGGUCCGCUGUCUCCAGGUCUGUUUCUACACUGCAGGACAUCCCAGAGGUGGUGGACGAGUUGGUGGGGAGCGCUGCAGAAGGGUCUCCUCCUGGGCUGCUGCUGGAUUUUCCCGAGCAUGAAGAAGCUCCUGUGCUGUUUCAGUCUCUCCUGCCUCCAGGGGUCGACCGCAGAACUGUUAGCAAAAUUUUCCAGAGGCUCCUGGAGACUUUAUCGGCCAGGAAGCUACGUGUGGAGCAGAACGAGCCUUAUGGUGACAUAUUCAUAUUUCCUGGAUCUAACUACGAAGAGGGGACUAUGGAUUUUUGAUGUCUACACGGUCACCCAACUCCCCUCAAGCCUCCAAAACAAACGUCAUUGUUCAGUCUGAUAGAAGAUUAUUUGUCUGUUCUUGACAUUUCCUGUGUUCACUUCAUCAGAGAGAAAAAAAACACCUGGUUUUAAACAAUAUCAUACAAGACAAAUAUGCAUAGAAGUCAAAGGUUUGGUUGCUAAUCACUUCAUAAGAUUUGUCAUUGCUGUGACCUGUUCACAUGCUUGAAAUUAUUUAAGUUUUUAGAACCGGCUGGUUCAUAUAAUUUCCCAAAGCAAAUCAUUGGUCCCUUUUGCUACUGUGACCAACACGUUUUAUUAACUUGAUGAGAUUUCAGAUAUGUAUUUUAAGUAUUUUUAUGAUACAGUUUUUUCAUAUUUUUUAAAGACAUUACCUCAUGUUAAUCUGCAUAGAAAGCAAAUGUCUGUUUAAGUUAUGUGUCCCUUU